AUGACCAAAUUACACGGAUCUUCAGUGGCUCGGUCCGGUCGAGUACGAUAUUACAUGACUCCUCACGUACCGAAAACAGCUUCCCACAAAUAUCAAGGAGGAUGUAAAAAGUUUCGGAAAGCCUCUUCUUCCGAUCGAGAAUAUGGAAGUGGAGCUCAUCGGUUGGAAACAACACCGUGCUCUGAUCUCUGCCAAACAUCAUCCUCUUUCCAAUCCUCUAACAUUUCUCAACAAUUGGAAGAGAGAAUGAAUGAAACGAAAUCUCCUUUUAUUCUCUCAAAUUAUUUUCAUAAAUGUAACUCCAAAAAGGGAAUGGAACGAUUGGAAUAUUUUGAUGUAUUGUCUGAAAAUCGAAUGCAAAGGAGCAAACAUGACAAUGAUUAUUGUCCUCAUGAUGCCAGAAAUCACAAAAAGUGGCAUCGAAAUCAUCCACAAGAUGGAUUUUAUCAAUUGAGAGAAAUCUUUGAUUUGUGA